AUGCCUGCUCAAGUUAGAUCCACGAAGAGAUCCAAGGAGGACAUGUCCUCCUCCACGGAGAGUGACGAGAUCAUCUUCCAUGGCAAGAAGAAUGGUCGAACCCAGUGGCAAUACAAAGGCCGCACCGGAUCUGAAAUUUCCUCGAAAGAACCACUCUCAGCUCCUGCGGGACUUGUGGCACAACAGAGUGAAGGCUUUCAAAGAUUCUUCAAAGCUGUCGUCUCUCCUACUCACGUUCGGGUAACAGCUGGAGGAAGAAUCGUACCCAACACACGCGGCUCCGUCUCACCAACAGCCAAAUGGGACAAGGAACGUCCAGCUACCAACGGAUUGGGCUCGGCAGAUGUUGCUAAAGUCGAGAAGCCCGACGUUACCAACGUCUCUACCGGCCAGUUUCCCCAAGCUCAGCUCCCUCUGCAGGUGCCUAUACCCCCUGGAUACUUCCAGCAUAUGGGUCUGCCCAUGCCUCUGUAUCCUGUUCCUCACGGAAUCCCAAUGGCCUAUGGUAUGCCCACUCUUCCCUUUGCACACUCAGGUGGUAAGCAGCCCACUCCACUUCAAAGUCAGCAGGAUAUCGACGAUGCUACCAAAGAAGUCAAAACACAAGACGGUGCCAGUGAUAAGAAGCCAAGGCCCGCUCCUAUCAAGAUCACUCCUAGAGAUCAGUUCGAACAGAGCCGACCGUUCUAUCAUAAUGGCAACGUGAUCUACCCACCGCCUUAUGGAUUGAUGCAGAGUCAGGUGCCUAUGCCGAUGAUGCUUCCAAGCCCGUGUUACCCACCGGGUGUGGUCGGACAUGUGGGAUCUGCUGGGGCUCAUAUGGCCGCGUAUGGCUCUAUAGGCCAACCUUCUCCCACGGCAUCAAUGUUUAGUCCUGCCGCAAUUCCCUCUCCUCAUUUCAACGUUCCCCACGCUGUUAGUGCAGGUGCUCGAACAGUACAGCAAACUUCUACUCCCGUUCAGGGAUCUACACCUCACAUCACGUCCAUCAGACCCAGUGAGAUCACAAAGCGUCAGCUUGACUCGUUGAAAGGGUCUCUUAAGUACUAUGAAGACCAGCUCCAAUAUAAUAAGCACCAGAUCGACGAGAAAUGGACGGAAGAGCAAGCGGCCAAAGUGAGAGAAAGUGUGCGCCAGUUCGAGCACAACUAUAAGAUGCAGGCAAAUUUCGAAGCUUCCUACUAUCCUCAGCUUCCACCUGUUUCCUCAAGUUCGACUCAACAAGGAGUAAUUUGGAAGACUCCCACAGGAAAUUCCAGUGUCAGAAGCCGUCGAGGAGCAAACACAUCCCAGAACAGUUCCAUCGGCAUCGGUGAUCAAGGUCGUAGCCUUUUACAGUUCCAAUCUUCAGAGCGAAAUAGCUCGAGACAUAGUAGCCACAGAAACCCGAGGGCGACCGGAAUUAACUCCAACAAAGGCAGCACCUCACCGCUAAACUUAGACCCUGCUCUAGAAGCACUCAUCCAAGAAAAGAUGAGGAAGGGUCUUGCCGUGCCUGACUCGAUGAAGAAUGCGGGAUCUUACACUGGCGUCGCUCCUACGCCUACUUUUGGCGGAGUGCCACACUCCUUUGCAGUUCAGUCCGAAGGGGCGAGCCUUGGACAGCAUACUGGCUUCUCUGGUACUCAUGGAACGGGCGGGUGGUCGCCCGCUGGUGUGGUUCCGUAUGACCAGAACGGAAAUUGGAACAGUGCCUACUCUACGAACCCGAACUCAGCAAACCACGCCCCUGCUGUGAAUCCCCAGCCAUCGUCGGCGGGCUUUGUUCCGAAUGGUCACCCUCGUCCGUAUCUAGUUGGAACUUUACCUCGAGGAGUAAAUGCACAUGGUGGUCACGGAGCGGACUACGUCUACUCGCGAGAGUUAACCGCCCAGGAGAAGCGAGCUCGAAGUAACUACUGGGGCCACGUUCCGAAUGUAGGGUUCGGCUUACCAAAGUUUGACGGGAAAGACUUCUAUCCCCCUUCACCAGUAAAGGUAACCCGAGAGGGCGAGGCUUCCCAAGCCACACUUCGCCCAGCGAUACCAACCGGCCGACCGGACAUUGACUUUGGUUUCCGGACUCAGGCUUUGGAAGUCGAUCCAUUCCGUCCCACCCACGGGACUCAGAAAAUCAGCAAAGCCAUUCCUAUUGUUGCUCCUGAUGAUGCUGGUCGAGGAGGAGCGCCCAAGAAGAAUUCCGUUUCUGUAGGACUACAAGGUGGAAAUAACAUCGAAGGUCUCUCUAAUAAGCUCGACAACGCCAAGAUUUCGUCUCCGGGCGGGCCAUAUGAGGGCCAUUUAGUCGACAAGAAGCAAGAUACGAUAGCUCGACGAACUGUUGAAAGAUCUAGGUAUGAGUGCGGACGUCUAAGCGUGGAAUUACGACUGACUUUUUUUUUAGCAAUAAGUCCGGAAAUGAUCUCUGGCAAACCAUGCUGA